AUGGCUCCACAGGUCCAAAGUGUGCAGUUCAUGGAGUUUGCUGAGGUGGAGAACCAUGAUGAUUUUUACACCGUUGAAGAGGCCUACAUUCAUACGCAGGAUCAGAGAGGGGCUUUUGUCAUGUAUGAUGUGGCCCUGCAAGACCUGAAAGAGACAGAAAAGCAACUUUUGCUCGUGGCAAGUCAGUACAUUGAGAUGGAAAAAGGCCAGAAAGCAAGGCCUGAUUCCUCUAGCAACCGCUAUUCAAGGCGGGCAGAAACAUCAGUGGAUCGAUCGGCAGUCUUGCUUGACCUUUGGACUUGUGAAGCAGAUUUCUUAAAAGAUAAGUGGCAGCUUCUCGAUAGUUACUUUGAAGUAUACCAACAUGCUUUAGAUUCAGAAGAAAGAUUUGCAUUGGCCCAAGUAAUAACUAACAUCAUGUACAGACGUCCUCGAUUUGAUUUCCACCUUGGGUAUUUUGUGAACACUUACAGAGAUGAAUGCACUUGUCUCAAGCUUCACCUCUGCUUGGUGAGAGAUAUUAUGCACCGACAGAUAGAGAAUCAACGUAAAUAUAAUUAUCAAAUUUGGUGUGGUGGUCCUAAAGGUUGUAUCUCUGAAUUUGGCUUCCCCACAUAUAUAGUUACAAAACAGUUAAUUGCUCUCAGUAACAGCCCUACAGCUCUGAAGAACAUGUAUUUAUUGGAAUUCCAUUCCUCCCUUGGCCUAGUAUCUUUAAUUCCUAAAGCUCUAGAUCAUGCCCUUCAAGAGUUCCAACAAAUCUGUGGGCCAAACACAGCCAGUGCGGCCAUUCAUUUGGAGGAACAAAUACUUCAACUUUCGCUGGAUGGAUGGAUGACGAUGGAAAAUCCAGAAUCUUUUUAUGGCGCUCAAAUUCAGAGAGAUAUAUUUGCAGAUGUUCUGGUUGAGAAUCCUCUUAUUAUAAGAGAAAUCGUUACUUUAGCCUUGAAAUCGGUAUCAGAAGAAGAACAGCGACCAAGUAAAGAAAAACAAACUAUUACUUUGAAUGUCUUUUCAAGACUCCUUGAACUCCUAACUCUCCGUCAUCGGUUGAUUGAGGCAGCAGUAGAAGGGGCACAACUGGGCAGACUGUACAAAGAAUUUGCAAAAGAAAUGGGCUUUAAUGAGUUUCAUUUAUACUUACGGCCUGUGUACUUUGAAUGUGCAACUCACAAAGAGAAGGCUGACCAGUUCUCACCAAUAUUCAUUGCUUCACUUCUAGAAGAUCAGGACCUUAACCUGGACAGAUAUAUUCCUUCUCACUUAAUGUUAGAGAUCCAAGAUAUAGACAAUCAAAUUGGAAAAUUUAGCUUUUGCACCAGGGAGAGCAUUCUGCAGCUGUUACUGAAGCAGUAUGGACUGGAAAACUUGCAGAUUGCUCUUGCUUGCCAGAUCACACAUAAAAAUAUGCUCCUUGUAGCUGUUCAGCAGGCUGCAUUUUGUCCUUCAGUGCACCUGACACUAACUGGAGAUUUAAAGGAAGGACACCUGAGUGUGAAAGGUCAGAGCAACAGCUCACCAAAUGGAAGAAGUUCUACAGUUGGGAGUGAAGCAGAGGAUACCUCCAUGUCUCAUUCCAUUAGGCGAUUUGCAGCUGGAGGUUGCAAUUCAAAGAGACCUACUGAGGCUUUUGUUUCAAUUCAGCUGGAGAAACAGGGUCCAAGGGACUUGAUGUUGAAUACAUUCAUUCAGAAGAAAGAAAUCUUGGGAAGUAGAAUACAAAAUCCACUAGAUCAUUCUUCUGAUAUUAAGAUUUGGAUCCCGUUUAGGUUGACUCACCGUAUGUCUCAGUACUCUCUUCGAAGUCAGAUCAUUGCCUAUUAUAACAGUAUAAGAGCAAUGCUGGAUGGCUUUCCCAGGGUGAAAAACAAAUACUUUACCAUAGGAUUGCCACAAGAGAAAAAAGAUGAAAAAGAAUCCAAAGAAAAAGUUAACAGUGAUCCCAGGUUUGUAACUUGUUUGCAGAGUUCCUUACCAACUUGA